AUGACCUCCACACCCCCACCAACAACCUACACAACCCUCCGCGAACAAUGGACCACCCCCACAGACAUCCUCUCCGUCCUCCUCAUCGUCGGCGCCGACGUCGUCAAAACCGCCCUCGCCCAAUUCAACGGGCAAUACUUCAAACCCGUCCCCUUCUCCUUCGGCUGGGUCGCCUACGCAUACAGCUACCUCCUCACCACCGUCGGCGGCCUGAAAUCCAUGCCAGAAGCCGAGUUCAAAUGUCUGCUCAUAAACUGCAGCACGGGGAAGAUCUGGGACCGGACGUCGUGGCUGCUGGGUCGGAUUUUGGAUUGCUACGAGGACGUGUGGAUGCCGGAGGAUGUGCGGCUCACUGUGGAAGCUCGUGAUCGGGAACGGCAGGAAAUGUUCGCGCGUUGGGAUGCUGAUGUAGAGGGCGGCGUGAAGGCGAAGAGACCUAAGAUUUUGGGCUUCGCGGUGGCGGUUUUUCGUCCGGAGGAAACGAGUAAGCAGGGUGUGCCGAGUAGGGAUAACGUCGUCUUUGCUAGUAUUGCGACGACGUUUGUACAGCUUGGGAUUGCUGCCGUGCCGUGUGGGCUGUAUCGUGAGUGGGAGAUUUUGGUCAUCACUGCGGUAGGGACAUUACUCGCCUGGCUCAUGGGCGUUCUCCAGGAGCGUUCGACUUCUAACCGAAGGAAUACGAAGAAAACCUUCAUACUAACCAAGGGACCUGGCUAUGGGCAUGCCAUUGUCAUUCUCGGUACUGGGGAUGGCCUGGAUCUAGAUGACAUGGCCAACGAAGUCAGCUUUCGCGAAAGCAAGAUGCGGUAUAGGAUAUCCAUUGCCGUAGAUCUCCUUCUGGUGAUCUUAUGGACUGCCCUCCUUAUUACCACGUCGGGGAUGAAAUCCAAUACUUGGUAUCUGGUGGGCAUUGGUGGCAUAGGCAUGCUGCAAAAUAUCUUCAUUGCGGGUGCGCGGCGACAUCCCAGUGCGUAUGGCUUGCACCUCCGGUAUGAGCGUGUCAUCACGGAGUCGAAGGUCAUGAACACGCUGAUGAAGUUGGAGGAAGAAUAUCCGAAUGUUGGGAGACAUCUUCUCCCUAUUCUGUUUCCAGGCCCUUUGCGACCCAGUGAGGCAGAGUGGUGGGCUAGAGCUGAAGAUCGGGAGGGAGAGACAAUGUUGAAGGGAGUGGAGAAUGCCAAAAGUGCCAGGGUGAAAAAAGUUGAUUUUAAAAGCAUACCUGAGAGGGAAAAGCGAAGUUUUUUUUAG